ACUCGGACCUGUUUUUAAGGCACAACAGUCCGUCCCGGUAAGUCUUCCGUCGAAAGAUGGCGGAGUAUGUGAACAUCGUCCGAAGGGCUUUGGGGCAGUUAGGAGGUCAUGGAGGAGUUCGGGGUUUACUUGUGCAGUUUUUCAGAGCGAAUGAUGUGAAGACCGGAGCCCUGAUUGGUGUCGAUAAAUAUGGGAACAAAUACUAUGAGGACAAUAAGCACUACUUCUUUGGACGUCACCGCUGGGUGAUCUACACCACAGAGAUGAAUGGAAAGGACACCAUGUGGGAGGUGGACGGCAGCAUGGUUCCAGCUGAAUGGCAUCGCUGGCUGCACUGUAUGACAGACGACCCCCCCACCACACAUCCCCCAGAGCCAAAGAAGUUCCUGGCUGAGGUCCACCAGUUCAAUGUCAGCGGCAGCUCACAGCAGUACGUGCCGUACUCCACCACCCGCAAGAAGAUCGAAGAGUGGGUUCCACCCAAAGCCGGGGCUCAGUGAACUCUGACUGCAUAUUUUGUAAAUUAUGGUUUCCUGCCAACAUGUCCUGAAUAAAAUCUCUAUACAGAUGUU